GUUUUGGUUUUUCUAAUAGAAGUUGGGGCAAUAUUGAUAUUAUGAGAUAAUUUGUAGUAAGGUAUUAACACUUCUUAACGUUUUACCAAAAAACAAUUCUUAACGGGUGGAGUAAGUGCAGUCUACUUAUCCCUAAAUAAUGGCGUGGCGCGAAGGUCCCUUGACUCUGUUUCAUGAAUAUUUUGAAGAAGUAAGGAAUCUUUGACUUGGAUUCGUAGCAGCUGAAGAGGAAAAGCGAAAGGAAGGAAGACAAAACAUUUAAAGGAAAAAAAAAAGAGAACAGCAAUUUUAAGUUUUAACAGAUCGAUCAAAGUUUUUCUGGCAUAGGGAGUGUGGUUUUCAGGGUUUGAUGGCUGACUUGGUAGGGGGAAGCUUGUUAGGGGCUGUAGCGGGAGAGCUGUUAAAAGCGGUUAUAGAUGUGGCGAAGAAGGCCGUCCAAUUCAAGGAGCAAUUAGAACGUCUAAAAUCUACACUCGAAAACAUACUUCCUCGCAUCGAAGAAGUACAACGGUUACAUGGACAGAUUACAGAUUUGAAGACGGAUACGGACAUCGAAAGGAUGAUUCAGGAGUUAAAGGAAGGGCAAGUGCGAGUUCGGAAGUGCGAGAAGAUCUCCAGCUGGAACUACUACAAGAAGUACCGCUACUCGAAGAUGUUUAUCAAAUUGGAUGAAUCUUUGUGUAGGUUCUUUCAGUUGAAUGUGCAGGCGGAUGCCUGGCUCGAUAACAAAAAGCUUUUGGUUGAAUUCAAGGAAAUGAGUAGGAAAUUCGAAGCAGUGAGCUUUGGCGACACAGGCCCUACUUGGGGUUUCAUUUCUGCGGGAUCCGAGAGCAUUGGAUCACAGGAAUUGAAUUUGUGUGCGGUCCCUGAACUCCCGAGUCUGACUGUUGGACUCGAUGUGCCACUGAAAGAAUUGAAGAUGAUGUUGUUGAGGAAAGAUGUGAAGGUGCUGGUACUAUGUGCUCCCGGCGGAUGUGGCAAGACAACAUUGGCCACCAUGCUUUGCCAAGACGAGCAAGUGAAAGGUUUAUUCAAGGAAAACAUCUUCUUUUUAACUGUUUCAAGCUCCCCCAACUUGAAGGUGCUCAUACAGAGAUUAUUUGAACAGAUUAGUGGACGUUCACCACCCGAGUUCCAAAAUGAUGAAGAUGCAAUUAAGCAGCUAGGAGACUUGUUCAAGAAGAGAAAACAAGAUGACAUAUUGUUGGUUCUAGAUGAUGUUUGGUCUGUAUCAGUUAUUGAGAAACUUGACUUCAAAAAAGAGGGAUUUAAAAUGCUGGUCACAUCUAGAACUGAAUUUAACGCAUUUAGGACCACAUAUUUUUUGAAGAUGUUGAAUGACAGAGAUGCCAUGACUCUCUUUUGUCAUGAAGCGUUCCCACAAGAUGAGAAUGCGAACAGUGAGAGGCCAGAAGAAGAACUUAUAGAAAAGAUAGUAAGAGCAUGCAAGGGAUAUCCCCUGACUCUUAAGGUGAUUGGCCACUCAUUGCGCUGGCAGAAUCCAAGGAAAUGGCGGCAGACAGAGAAGAUACUAUCAACAAGUUGCUCCAUAUUUAAGGAUCACAGUGAAGAUCUUCUGGAUCGCCUCUCAACCAGCUUGUCUUUCCUGAAAGAUACUGCUCGAGAAUGUUUCUUGGAUUUUGGUUCAUUUCCUGAAGACCAAAGGAUCCCUGCCUCUGCUCUUAUAGAUAUUUGGAUUGAGCUCCACAAGCUAGAUGGUGAAGAUGAUGUAUAUGCUAACCUCCUUGAACUUUCCCAGAGGAAUCUCAUUAAUCUGAUUGAAUGUCCAAGGAAUGAUGCAGGGGAUCUUGAUGGAACCUUCAACGGGCUAUAUGUUUUCCAGCAUGAUUUGCUCAGGGACUUGGCCAUCUACCAGAGCCAGCAGCAUCAGCAAGACAUAAAACAUAGGAAGAGACUAUUAAUGGAGAGGAGAGAUGAUGACCUUCCCAGAAGCUGGUGGGAACAAGAGCAUCAGCACAUCAAUGCCUGCCUUGUUUCUAUCCUUACAGGUGAAAUGUGUUCCUCAAGUUGGCAUCAUAUGCAACUUCCUGAGUCUGUGGUUCUAAUUCUGGAUUUCUUGGGUAUGAACUACUCCUUACCCCCAUUCAUGGAGAGUAUGGGCAAGUUGAAGGUUCUCAUUGUUACAAACCAUGGGCACAGACAUGCUAAACUUGGUAACUUGUCGGCUCUUGGUUAUCUAGCUGAACUAAAGAGGAUCAGGUUAGAGAAAAUUUCACUUCCUUCCCUCGAUAGCAUCAUAAUGUCCUUAAAGAAUUUGCAUAAGAUAUCAUUGGUUAUGUGUGAUGUUGGCGAAGCCUCGAGGAAUUGCACUGUCAAGAUCCAAAAUAUGUUGCCAAAUCUCACUGAAAUUGACAUUGACUACUGCAAUGAUCUGGUCGAGUUGCCUCCAGGGAUCUGCAGCAUCCACUUGCAAAAGCUCAGCAUCACCAACUGUCAUAAUUUAUCUACAAUACCUGACAAUAUUGGAUUUAUGACAGGCUUAGAGGUGCUAAGGCUGCAUGCAUGUACAGGAAUUUUAGAAUUACCGGAUUCAAUCAGAAGACUCCAGAAGUUAAGAUUUCUUGAUAUAUCUGAUUGUUCAAACAUAGAGAGGUUACCUGAAGGGAUGAGUGAGCUAUGCAGUUUGAAAACAGUAGACAUGAGGAGGUGCUUAAGAGUAAGGGUAUUGCCAAGUUCAGUAUUGAACCUUCAGAAUCUGAAGGAUGUGAUUUGUGAUGAAGAGACAGCUAGCCUAUGGGAACCUCUCAGGAUUCAUCUCACCAAACUCAAAAUAAAAGUACCUGAAGACCACAUCAGCUUGGAUUGGCUGGGGAUUGAUCUCAGAAGCCACAAUUUUUAUUGACAGCAUGCUUUUCUUUUUUUUUUUUCACUCAGAAGCAGUGCUUGUCACCUUCAUGUAUUUUAUAACACUCCAGAAGGAGGUGAACAUUCUAAACUCUUAAGGCUGUGUUUGGAAUCAGUGUAAAUCAAGAAUGGCGUAAAAGUUUACACUGGUUUGAUUUUGCCCGCGUUUGAAAA